CCUAUUCCGGCACUACAAGCUUUCGGCCACCGUGUUCUUUCAACAUGGACGAGUGAUUCGCCCUCCAGACAUUUUGUCUCCUUGGAACUGUAGGCUCGGUGCCUGUUCAGGUGUUUCCCAUUCAAUUGACUAUCGACCUGUGUGUCUCCCGAAGAUAGGCAGCUUCCGCGUUCGCCGCAAUCCCAUCUCCAACACCUCGACCAAGUGGGAUGCUGGUUAUACCCCACCGUGCCAGGGUCAACGGUUGAAACAGCGCAUGCCUUGAUCCACAAUCCUCCGAGCCUAAAGCCAUCGCCCUUACCUCUCGAUCUGCCAUCGAGAUAAGCUUCAAUUGAGAAAGUUUGGAGAUCCGACACCCUCAAACACAGACGUCAAUAUAGACGUGGCUAUCGCGUGAGCAAGGCCAACCAUAGGCAACAGAGGAUCGUGCCAUUGCCUUGAAUUGGAUUUGCUGCCGUCUUCUUGAUACCAGCUCCCUCCUUCCACAAUGUCGCCAUCAUUCAAUGUGACCGCGCUGGCGAUUGCCAUUGCCGCAGUCUUCCUCUUCUGGACCAUCUCCUCCACGUCGUCACCUUUUACCCGCUCCUUCCCUAAACUCCGCAAUAAACGCAUCUGUCUCUUGAUCGCCCAUCCCGAUGACGAGGCCAUGUUCUUCUCGCCCACCGUGCUGGCGCUCACCAAGCCCGAGCUCGGAAACCACCUGAAAAUUCUCUGCUUCAGCACUGGCGACGCAGACGGCCUCGGCGAAACCCGCACAAAAGAACUCCAAAAAUCCGCCCUCCUCCUCGGCGUCCGCGACGAAUCCGACGUCUUCAUCGUCGACGACCCCGCCCGCUUUCCCGACAGUAUGACCGCAACCUGGGCCUCCGACCAAAUAACCUCCCUCCUCGCCUCAGCCUUCUCCCCCGACCUCGCAGCAACGCUAAACGGCACCGCAAAGAAGAAUCCCAAAAAGGCACCCACCGCCACAAUCGACGUCCUCCUCACCUUCGACCAACACGGCAUCAGCAACCACAUUAACCACCGCUCGCUGUAUCAUGGCGCGGUGCAUUUCCUGCGCACGCUAAUGACGGAUAAAGAGGGAUUUAAUUGUCCCGUGACGCUUUAUACGUUGACGUCUACGUCUAUGCUGCGCAAGUAUGCUGGUGUGCUGGAUGCGCCGUAUUCGAUGCUGUUGGGUGUUUUGGGGAAUUUGUUUGGUGGGAAAAAGAGUGGGACUGAUGAUGGGCCUGCAAGGUUGUUGUUUGUUAGUUCGGUCGGGGAGUGGUUGACGGCGCAGUCGGCUAUGGUGAGGGGUCAUAAGAGUCAGAUGGUCUGGUUCCGGUGGGGUUGGAUUACUAUCGGGAGGUAUAUGACUGUGAAUGAUUUGAAAUGGGAGAAGGUCUAGUGUAGAACUGGAAGGGGUUUGUCUCUUUUUGUUGCUGCGUUAUCGUGGCGAGGAGAGAUGGGUGUAUUUGUAUGAUUGGACGGAUUUGAGUUCGUGGUUUGCGACUCUUGUACACAGUCUGCUACUCGGAAAGUUUCGAGAAGCUUAUAAUGAAUAUAAUAUGCU